AUGCCAUUUAUUGCUCUGGCAAUAGGAGUGGAUGAUGUUUACGUAAUGCUCGGUGCUUGGCAAGAUACUCGGCGAACGCUUGCCCCUGAAAAGAGAAUGGCCCUGGCAUUGGAGGAAGCUGGAAGUGCUAUUUCUGUUACAUCAAUCACGUCAAUUCUAUCAUUCGGUAUUGGCUCCUCUCUCUCGACCUGCUAUUUCCAUCUUUUGCAAGUUCAUUAUGGUUGCAGUGGCUUUUGA